AAAUUGCCGAAAGGCGAUUGUUGUAGUUUUGUUUUUAGUUUAUUAGUGUUGUGUUUUAAUUAUUGUAUUUAAAUCGUUAUAUUUUUACUUCCAAGCAUUAAGUCUUAGGAUUAAAUCUAGUCGUAGUUCUAUUUGCUGAUACAGGCACUGCCAAAGCCAUCAUAAAAACAUUAGUGCCAUAAAAUGUUGAUGGAUGUUUCUUUGUUCGUUAUAAAGUGAUUUUCGGUGCUUUGAAUAGGAAUUAAAGGGAGUUCAUCGGUAGAAUAUUGUCGGAAGUGGUUCGUACACAUAAUAAACGUGUAAAACCCGUGAUACGGGUGAAGAAAUAUCUGUUUCACGAAUCCCGCCAUUGUAACACUGGUUUGUUAUUUCAUAACAUUGAUGUCAAUAAUAAGUGCAAGAGGUUGGAUAAUUUAAACGAUGCAAACGUAUUAUGAAAUCGUUAUAAAAAGCUAGUAAUUGUGGAGAAAAUGUCAACACUACAGAAACAGCCUCAGUGGAAUAAAACUGAUGAGGGGUUGAGCUCCAAGUAUGAGAAAUGUCGCCAUAUCGCAGAGGAAAUAUACAAGAGGAUAAACAUAACGUUUCAAAUUAAGAAACUCGAAGCUGGGGCGAUAAGUGAAGGAUCUAACUUCAGUGAUCAAAUUGACAGCAACGAGUUGAGCAAUGAAACUGACCUCUUUGCCUGCGACAAGAGUUCCUUGUCCAGCAGCACGGAGCUGGAGGCGCUGCAGCGCGGCAGCGAGGCCUGCGAGAAGUUUGUCAACAACAACAACAAUGAGGAGGCCAAAAUCAAACCCACGAUUGUAUAUAAACGACCAAGAAAGAGGUUUAGGAAACGAGUGAAGAAACAGCAGAAGCAGAAGCGGGAUUCGGACGGGUCUAGCGACGAGGCGCUGCCGCUGACAAACGUCGCCGACCUUGAGGAGAGGACGCGGAGCGACAGGGCUCCGCCGUCCCCCGCCCACACGGUCAUGGGCGUCCCGUAUGUGGUUAUCAAGCCUUGUGAUUUAAAACCCAAGUUCAAGACGCCGUCCCCAGAAAAGAAAGUAACGAAGAAAGCGGACAAACCCAGUCCCAAACAAAAGUCCGACAACUUAAAGAUCAUAGACAAAAGCAAGGCGACAUUGUGUGAAAAGGUCCAGUCUGAACAGGAAAAAUCAGGCAGUCAAGAAUCUUGGAGCUGUACGCUCUGCAGUUUGACGUUUCGCGGCGAAAGAGGAUUGAGGCGGCACAUGACCAUGUCACACAUAAUUGAUGAAAAAACUAAAGCUGGCAAACCCAACAACUGAACAUCCCACGCUGAAGACUCAAGAUAAUAAUAUAGCAGGUUGUAAACAACCAUUUUAUUAUAUUGUAAGUAUACAUUGGUAUUCCAAGUCAAGAAGUAGCUGAAGUUUGUCACAAUUUUUGUGUUUUUUUUUAAAUCUUGUAAUUUUAUCAUGUCCUACUUUUUAUUUCUAGAAUUAAAAAAAAAACAGUUUCGAUUUUUGAAAUGUAGUCUUUUCAAAUUCAAUGACUUUUACUUUUAUUUAAGAAAUGUUAAUGUUGUCUGUGAUUUUUAAACUCUGGCUACUUUUGACGUCUGAUGACCUAACUUGCAUAGGAUUAUAAUUACUACCCAUAUUUUAAUAAUAGCUAUAAAAUAUAUUAGGAUAACUUAUAAUGUUAAACAUUUGAAAUAGCAUAUCACUGUAACUUUUAAUGGGGAUAAAAAUGUUACCUUGCAUGUUAUGGCUGAAUACUAAAAGUCUGCCUUGUGAUGACACAAUGUCAAUGCCAUAAGGGCUUGAGUGACACAAAUUUGUUGCUGCAGUUGUCUAUCUAGUGACAAGACUGUGGUACAUGUUUGAAUAUUUGCCAAGCGCCAAAGAUCAUUGUUAUAUUCUGUUUUGCCUCUAUAUGGCAAUGAUAAGCUUUGUCCACACUGCACCUUUUUUUGUUCAUCAAGGGCAU